CAUAUGACCCUACUAGGUACGUAUCCGUAUAAUGUAUAGUAGAAGGAGCAUACAGAGCAAACACGGCAAACACUAACCCUCCGCAAUGCCAAGCCAGCCUUGUCCAAUGGGAAUCCAAGAACCGUGUCCAAGCGGAGCCGGGGUCAAAUCGUCCAAGCGGUGCCAACAGUGCCAACAGGUCAAAACGCACGCCAAUUACAGGCCUGGAAGUCCAGGAAGUGUAGUAUAAGUCGCCAGUUCUGCUCUCCACAAACAGCGAAAUCACUUUCGAUCCUCGAGACGGACUACGACCAUCAUGCACUACAACCGCAUCGCCGUCUACGGCCACCGUGGCUGGGCCAGCUCGGUCAUCGUGCACGCCCUCGCCUCCUCGGGCGCCCCGAUUAGGGUUCUCCACCGGCCGGGCUCCGACAUCUCGACCCUUCCCGGUAAUGUCAGCGCCGUCGAAGUCGAUGUGUCCGACGAAACGGCGGUCAUUGCUGCCCUCGCGGACAUUGACAUCGUCAUAUCCCUCGUCGGCCACGAAGGCGUCACCCGCCAACACCACCUCGUCAACGCCAUCCCCAAAACCUCAGUGCAGCUCUUCGUCCCCUCCGAGCUGGCCGCCCGCUACGACGCCCAGGGCCUGCGCAUCCCGGUCAACCAGGCCAAGAAAGCCGUGGAACUCGCCGCGCAGGCGACGGCGAUCCCCAUGACGAUGGUGCUGGUGGGCAACUUUGCCGAGUUUGCGCUGGCGACGCCGGCGAUGGGCGUCGACUACGCCAACAACCGCAUCAUCUUCACAGGAGACAGUGCCACCCGCCCUGUGAAUCUCUGCACCCGAGCCUACGUAGCAGCCGCGUAUGCCUCCAUCUUCGCGUCUACCCCGCUCGACUGCCUGAAACACCGCACGCUCACGCUCUCGGAACUCCGGCCUACCGGCGAUGACAUCGCGGCCGCGCUGACGGAGCGGCAUGGGGCCCGCACGCGGCGCGCAACGGAGACGAUCGACGCGGUCGACGCGCAGAUCGAGGGGUUUCUGCGGGCGGGGCAGCCGUUUGCGCUGGCGUUCUACUGUCGGAGGAUCUGGGGGGCGGGACUGCAGACGGGUAUGGUGGGGGAGGAUAUCUGGGAGGUGCCGGGGUAUGUGAAAGCUGGGGUGGGGGAGUUGGUGGUUGGAGGUGGAUUGGGGGCGUAUCGGACGUUGCCGCGGGAGGUGGCGGGGGUUUUUGAGGAGAGGUUCGCGGCUUGUGCUUGA